AGCCUCACCCAUCAUCAAUCAGGCAAGCGACGGUGGCUUCUUCCUCCCCCUUCACCGUACCGAGACCCAAACCAAGCCGCCUCGCCAGCACCCAGCAGCCCGCAUCACUCGUCUCCAUUAAAAUCGGUUUUCUCCUUGGAAAUCUGCUGGCGAGUCCCAGGACCCGAAUGCCCCACUCUUAUUACCUGCUAAUUUUGAAUUUCCUAAUCGGGUUGCAGCUGCUUAUAUAAGCUCACUAACCCCGCAUUCGCUUUUCCGACUCCCACCUCCAGCCAAAUCGGGCUAUAGAUCAAACGCUGCACUGUAGGGAGCGUGAAGCCAGCGGCGAAUGGAAUCCCUAGCCGCCACCUCCGUGUUCGCGCCCUCCCGCGUCGCCGUCCCGGCGGCGCGGGCCCUGGUUAGGGCGGGGACGGUGGUACCAACCAGGCGGACGAGCAGCCGGAGCGGAACCAGCGGGGUGAAAUGCUCUGCUGCCGUGACGCCGCAGGCGAGCCCAGUGAUUAGCAGGAGCGCUGCGGCGGCGAAGGCGGCGGAGGAGGACAAGAGGCGGUUCUUCGAGGCGGCGGCGCGGGGGAGCGGGAAGGGGAACCUGGUGCCCAUGUGGGAGUGCAUCGUGUCGGACCAUCUCACCCCCGUGCUCGCCUACCGCUGCCUCGUCCCCGAGGACAACGUCGACGCCCCCAGCUUCCUCUUCGAGUCCGUCGAGCAGGGGCCCCAGGGCACCACCAACGUCGGCCGCUACAGCAUGGUGGGAGCCCACCCAGUGAUGGAGAUUGUGGCCAAAGACCACAAGGUUACGAUCAUGGACCACGAGAAGAGCCAAGUGACAGAGCAGGUAGUGGACGACCCGAUGCAGAUCCCGAGGACCAUGAUGGAGGGAUGGCACCCACAGCAGAUCGACGAGCUCCCUGAAUCCUUCUCCGGUGGAUGGGUUGGGUUCUUUUCCUAUGAUACGGUUAGGUAUGUUGAGAAGAAGAAGCUACCGUUCUCCAGUGCUCCUCAGGACGAUAGGAACCUUCCUGAUGUGCACUUGGGACUCUAUGAUGAUGUUCUAGUCUUCGAUAAUGUUGAGAAGAAAGUAUAUGUUAUCCAUUGGGUCAAUGUGGACCGGCAUGCAUCUGUUGAGGAAGCAUACCAAGAUGGCAGGUCCCGACUAAACAUGUUGCUAUCUAAAGUGCACAAUUCCAAUGUCCCCACACUCUCUCCUGGAUUUGUGAAGCUGCACACACGCAAGUUUGGUACACCUUUGAACAAGUCGACCAUGACAAGUGAUGAGUAUAAGAAUGCUGUUCUGCAGGCUAAGGAACAUAUUAUGGCUGGGGAUAUCUUCCAGAUUGUUUUAAGCCAGAGGUUCGAGAGACGAACAUAUGCCAACCCAUUUGAGGUUUAUCGAGCAUUACGGAUUGUGAAUCCUAGCCCAUACAUGGCGUAUGUACAGGCAAGAGGCUGUGUAUUGGUUGCGUCUAGUCCUGAAAUUCUUACACGAGUCAGUAAGGGGAAGAUUAUUAAUCGACCACUUGCUGGAACUGUUCGAAGGGGCAAGACAGAGAAGGAAGAUCAAAUGCAAGAGCAACAACUGUUAAGUGAUGAAAAACAGUGUGCCGAGCACAUAAUGCUUGUGGACUUGGGAAGGAAUGAUGUUGGCAAGGUAUCCAAACCAGGAUCAGUGAAGGUGGAGAAGUUGAUGAACAUUGAGAGAUACUCCCAUGUUAUGCACAUCAGCUCAACGGUUAGUGGACAGUUGGAUGAUCAUCUCCAGAGUUGGGAUGCCUUGAGAGCUGCCUUGCCCGUUGGAACAGUCAGUGGUGCACCAAAGGUGAAGGCCAUGGAGUUGAUUGAUAAGUUGGAAGUUACGAGGCGAGGACCAUAUAGUGGUGGUCUAGGAGGAAUAUCGUUUGAUGGUGACAUGCAAAUUGCACUUUCUCUCCGCACCAUCGUAUUCUCAACAGCGCCGAGCCACAACACGAUGUACUCAUACAAAGACGCAGAUAGGCGUCGGGAGUGGGUCGCUCAUCUUCAGGCUGGUGCAGGCAUUGUUGCCGACAGUAGCCCAGAUGACGAACAACGUGAAUGCGAGAAUAAGGCUGCUGCACUAGCUCGGGCCAUCGAUCUUGCAGAGUCAGCUUUUGUAGACAAAGAAUAGUGUGCUAUGGUUAUCGUUUAGUUCUUGUUCAUGUUUCUUUUACCCACUUUCCGUUAAAAAAAGAUGUCAUUAGUGGGUGGAGAAAAGCAAUAAGACUGUUCUCUAGAGAACCGAAGAAAUAUGGAAAUUGAGGUUAUGGCUUAUGACUGUCGUUUGUUCAGUAUGAAACUAGAUUUCCAACUGUGCCUUAGAAGUUUGCAAAUGUCUUGUUAUAUAAGGGCCGGCUCAGUAGACUAGUCAUGUCUUUUAAUACAACUCAUGUGGUCCUCUUUGUUGCAUAUUAUAUUGCAUAGUUAUAUGUUAGUGAUA